AUGUCAUCCCUCCCGAGCAUCGUGCUCCGUAAGCCCGUCGAGUUUACAAAAUCCCAGCAGGCGAUCUACCUCCUCCGCAAGUUAUACCGCGAAACAUCAUGUCUAUUCGAUGAAGUUGGGCGACAACAGAUAAAAAAUAGGAUUAGAGAGAGGUAUAGAGAGUGUCAGGAGGUCACGGAUGAACAGAGACGGACGAAGUAUUUGAAGGAUGCGAGGAGGGUGCUGUCGACUUUGACGAGGGCGAAUAAUGGGGAUAAAUGGCGGACCUUAAAUGUUUUGGAGCAUGCUUAUGGGAGGAGGGGGAAGAUUAGGCACCAGAUAAUGAAGCCAUUGCUUAAAGAAGUAGUGCCAGAGGCUCCUAUCAUUCCAAAUCGCGUUCGGUCAGCUACCCCGGGAACGACACCAAAACUGUCGGCAUUGUUCAAAGGCGCAGUUGGAAAAACAAUCAAAGCCAUAGAGCCCGAAAUCCCAGAGUUCUCUGUAUCGGGAAAACCGUUCUCUCUGAGUAGAACUGCCAAUAUGAAAUGGCGACACAGAUCUAUGAUCCUUAAACGAGUCGUCCCGCCGCUAGAGCCAGUCGAUUUUGAAAGACUGGAAAUGCUGGUUAUGGGUUGGAGGAAGACCAUCCCACCGAAACGAAAGUUUAUCACAAGAGAAACACGAGCAGGACCUAAGAAGCUGCGGCCGAAUAUGUAUAAUGCGAGGAUGCAGAGGAGGAUACUAAAACAUGUUCUGGAGCAAUUCCCAAUGUUGGAGUACAGACCUCAAAACGAAAAGUUUGUUGCUGUAUACUCGCCGGUGUUAACAACCAUGCUCCAUACCCCAGGUGACCCCGAGGACUUCGAGGGCGUGGAUGACAAGGGAGAGCCAGAAGGGACAAUAUUAAACCCAAAUAAGAAGUUAUCUGGGAAGUCGGCUGCGAAGAGGAGGAAAGCAAAAGGGAAAGCUACGGCGUUUUCCGGUUGGUUGGAUAAAAAGAAGGAAGAAGGAAAGGUUCCAGAAAAUUUUAUUGGAAGUUGA